AUGAUCAAAGAACGUGAAAGCGGUAUACAAAUGCUCUCAGUCCAGCCAGACACCAAGCCGAAAGGUUGUGCUGGCUGCAACCGUAAGAUCAAAGACCGGUAUCUUCUAAAGGCCCUGGACAAGUACUGGCAUGAGGACUGCCUGAAGUGUGCCUGCUGUGACUGCCGGUUGGGAGAGGUGGGCUCGACCUUGUACACCAAAGCCAACCUUAUCCUGUGUCGCAGAGACUACCUGAGGUUAUUUGGCGUUACGGGAAACUGUGCUGCCUGCAGCAAACUCAUCCCUGCUUUUGAGAUGGUGAUGAGAGCCAAGGAAAAUGUUUACCACCUGGACUGCUUUGCAUGUCAGCUUUGUAAUCAGAGAUUUUGUGUGGGAGACAAAUUUUUCCUAAAGAACAACAUGAUUCUCUGCCAGACAGACUAUGAGGAGGGUUUAAUGAAAGAAGGUUACGCACCCCAAGUUCGCUGAUCUGAUUCCUCGUCACAAAGAAUAUUGAAGCACUACUUCUCUUUUUUUUGUUUCCUUUUUUGCUCAACAUGUAUAAGAAACAAUGGCGGAACCUACUGAAUAGCGUAGAUAUAGGGAGACAAGAUGGUCAUGUGGAAUAAGAGGCGGACUGCAAAUGUAUGUCGUGGAAAUUGCACCAGUUCACAGUUGAAUGUUUAU